GCGAUACAUGAUACCGAUCGGGGGCUAGCUGUGACUGCGCACUUCGAAGUUUAAUGCACCCCGUAGCUCACUCUCCCAUUGAUAGCUCCUCACAGGCUAAAGAAGUAAUCCGCUGACCAGCGGGUAUCAACAGCUAUUAGCAAACUAUCACCCUGCAUAAAGAAUCGGACAGCCGUCUCGCCUCGUCGAAGCAGACAGACAAUGCCGCACCAUGUGUCACCCAUCCUGCAGGCGUUCGCAGUGCAGGAUCACCAGGCCAUCCUCACCACCGGCCGGCAUACCGCAAAUGCCCCUGUCCUCGAGCUCAUCAAGGUCACCGCCUUCUCCAUCUUGGAGGUGGCUCUGAUCAGCACCGUUGGGUACGUCAUGGCUCGCAGAGGCAUCAUUGAUAAGAAGACGCAGACGAAAAUCAACAAGCUCAAUGUCUCCAUCUUCACACCGGCCCUUCUCUUCUCCAAAGUCGCAUUCAGUUUAACCCCAGGAAGGCUGGUAGAGCUGGCUGUUGUUCCGGUAGGCUUUGUCCUUGUCAGCUUGGUCUCUACCCUCACUGCUCUACUUCUUUCGAAGCUGUUUGGCAUCUCCCGUGCGCACCGCAACUUUGCCGUCGCCUGCGCCAUCUCUCCAAACUCCAACUCCUUGCCCGUCGCUCUGAUGCAGUCACUCGUUGCAACCGUACCGAUGCUCCACUGGGAGGACCCGGGGGAGCCAGAAGACACCAGUGACUCCAUGUUGGGUCGAGCUUUGACCUACCUCGUGCUCUUCUCAACCUUGGGCAUGUUCUUGCGAUGGAGCGUCGGUGCCAAGCUGCUCAGCUCGGUGGACGAGGCCCUGCCGGCGGGGAGAGAGGUGCUCACUCUGGAGCAAGGUGUACGCGUGGGUAGACUCAUCGACUCCGAUGAUGAUGGAGCGCAUGCCAUUCCGGACGGCCAUACAUCAGCUAGGAAUGACUCGGCAGUCAACAGCGGCGCUAGCAGAGUGGCGCAAAGGCCGACUAAGAAGCGAUCUGGGCCUCCAGGAUGGGCGGUCAGCUUUCCAAAUUCGCCUGCUGCCGUAGACAAUGAGCUCACCAACGAACACGAUCGAUGGCCGGACCAUGAUGGCGAUGAAGGCGACCAUUCACAGGCCCUCUUAGGAGGAACGAAAGAGAGACCUAGCUGCGGUGCUGCCUGCUCGUUUGUGCUCGCACCACUCCAAGUGGUGAAUAGCUUUAUGACUGCGCCGUUGUGGGCCGCUGUGCUCUCGCUUGUCGUCACUCUCAUCCCCCCGCUGCAGCAUACCAUCCGAAACAUGGAACCCGUCGUUGGCGCUCUGGAGACGGCCGGUGGCUGCAGCAUCCCACUCACCCUGAUCUGUCUCGGAAGCUACUUCCACGUCCCACUGGAGGAGAGGGACGCGGGUGGAAUCACAUCGCAAUCGGCAGCGGCUCCAUCUGCUGGGCCAUUCACUGCCGGCACUGAAGAGCAUUCGGAGAACAUCUCCGACAGCCGAAGGCCUUCGGCAGCAGGUAGCUUGCACUCUGUCACGGGCAGCGAGCACGGCGAGAGCAACGGGUGGCGCAUCUCUUCCUGGAAUCCAUGGCGGAGCACACGGUCUGUGGAUGUGCUCGACUCGGUUGAGCGGCGUGGUGCCGAUCCAGUCGAUGAGCCAUAUCGAGACGACACGGAUGCAACUGGCAACAGUGUGGGCGCGGAACGUGCGUCGCUUCCCUCAUCAGCGUUCGCGAAGCGCGUCAGCGCGAUGCAGAGAAAAGAGGAGAACAAGACGAUUGCUGUUGCCAUCCUAUCCCGCAUGUUCGUCACGCCGCUAUUACUGGUCCCCCUUGUUGCAUGGUAUGCAAUUUCGACACACUACAAUGUUGUCGACGAUCCAGUCUUUAUUGCUUCGGCGUGCCUGAUUGUCGGCAGCCCUCCCGCUCUGACGCUUGCGCAGAUCACAACUCAAAGCGCUGGUGGCGACUCGGGCUUCGAGAGACUGAUCAGCAAGACUCUCUUCAUCGCAUACACCUUUUUGGCUGCGCCAACGACGAUCAUCCUUGUGCUCAUUGCGUUGCUCAUUGCAGAGAAUGACUAAAACGACUAGACAUGGACUUUAUUGUCGCUUCUCUCGCUUGUAUCAUAAUUGAAUGCACCAUGCCGUGCACCUUCAACACCAAGAAAGUGAUCGAGCACCUUCGCAUGACUUGCUUCUUGGAGCCGUAGCUUACGCUCAAUUUUGCAACGAAAAGUGUUGAUAGUACACAUUGAAAGUCUCCCUGCGCGACAACAGCUUACACUACGUCUGCGCUGCCCGGUCGGUCAGUGGGUCAGAUAGGGUGCAUGCAGAUCGGAUGAUUUGCCUUCUACCUUGGGCCAUCGGCAUACGUGCGAUUUAAUCAGUCGAGCUUGUCGACCUCAGUCUCGCCAGUUGCCGGCUUGUUCUCGUCAAUGUCAAAGUUGCCG